GCAGCCACAAGCAUCCAUAGCCAGUUGAGCUUAUUCCUCCGGCACGGCCGCAUUAGUAAUAAACUGUGCCACCAGAGACAUGGCGGCCAUCUGUUGCCAUCAUGCUCUAGCCGCCGUUGGCCGGUCGGUGCCCCAGACCACUCUUGGUGCUCGUAGACACGCGGGAGCCUCUUUCCCCUUCUCCACGACGCCUAUAAACUACCCGCGUAGACUUGUCUCGCGUGCAGCUAUUAACAUUCCCCCAGAUGCUUUGGUGCACCUCAAAAAAAUCAAAGACGACCAAGGCCAAUGGGGAAUAGAUAGAGGAGACAAGGAUGAGGUGCUCAAACUCUGGUUUCUAAUAACAGGUGUCGACGUAUCAAAUGUCCAAAAGGAAGUCGAGGUUAAUCUUCCUGAUGGCAGUAAUGUGCUCACGAUCAAGAAGAAGAAGGAGAAGAUGAAGGCGCCCGCCCAUGCAGAUGAGCUGCUUGACGUGCGCCUACUUUUGACCGAAGACUAUGACAGGAAGGGAAUCGAGGUGAAGGGGACAAACGAGGAAGGCAAGGUGCGCUUAGAGGUGACCAUCACCCAAAAGGCAACCACUCCAUUCCAUAAAAUCGAUAUUAACUAGCUUAGCAAGGACACCGUGUGGUACGUGAUAGUAUUUCUGUUGGACAAUAACUCUCAUCAUAUAUGUCUUGUUGUUGUGCUCAUUCCCAAAGCAUAUCCCUGGCCUUUCCAUGAGAGGACAUGAAACAGAAGGCUCGUUAACUAUCCCGAUGGCGGGACUGCUAUACCAGUUUGUUCAUGUACUAAAAAGAUCAGUAUAAAUGUGGUUAAUGAAACUUCAUAA